AUGGAAGGGAAUUCUAGAUUUCAUGCAUUAGUUCACUAUAAAAAGAGAUACAACUCAAGAUAUAAACCACAUCGCGUAUUUAGAAAUUGGACUCUAGACUAUCGACUUCCAUGGCUUUGCUUCAUUGAGAUAUCAAUGAUGAUUAUAUAUGUUCUUAUUGGAUACACAAAUCAACUCUCAAUUAAUGAUUUUACAAUAGAUUUUACUAAAACUGUCGAUGAAUAUUUCCUUUCUGAUUAUGACUUCGAUGACCCUCCAGAAAUGUCCAACAGCUGGGUAGGUAUUAUUUAUUUUAAACAAAAACUUCUAGAAGUUACUCAAUCAACCGGCCAACGCUUCUUUGAUUUCUCGAAGGAAUUACCAUUAACACAUCCCUUCUUUCCAGCAGAAAGCAUGCAAGUCACUGUUGUUACAAUCGGAGGCCAAGUUAUUGACGUAAAUUUCAGACAAUCGAAUAUCUCAUUGGUAACACCAUUUAUUAACGCGUUUAUGGACUCUUUUUCCCAAAUCAUCAUGUCUAUGAAGUACGAUCUUCAAGAAAGCGAACUGACGAAAGAUAAUCGCCUUGAACUUGAAGUCAUCGGAGAAUUUACAAGGGAUACCGAUAGUGAUAUUGUAUUUGUAGACUUUUACCAUACACGAAUUACGAACUCAAAAUCAAGUGGAACGUUUCUACAUGGAUCUGUGAUUAUAUUCCCAGCUGCCGUUUGUGUUUUUGGCGGAAUCGCAAUCAUCCUUAAUAGUAUCUACACAUACGAAGUCUAUAUGUUCUCAAAAGAAAAGGCAGAAAGAAAUUUCCAAAAAACAAUGGACAUUUUCUGGGAGAAAUACGACAAAUGGUGUUUCUUUUCAUUUAUUUGUCAUACAAUUACCGUUAUAUCAUGUACAUUAUACAUAAUUUACGGUCUAGAUUACGAAGAUCAACUUCCCUUCACGAAUACGCUCAUGGCGAUCUCUUCCAUGCUCCACUGCUUCCUUCUCAUCAGAUACUUGAGACAGAAACCCUCAACGAUGAUCAUUGUCAACGUAAUUUUCGCAGGUGGCGUCACAUUUCUUCAAUUCUUGAUCGGAUGCCUUGUUAUCUUUGCAGGAUACUUAGUUCUUGGCUGCUCAUUGUUCGGAACUUACUGUAUCAACUUUGCUACGUUCACACAAGGAGCUGUUGUUUUAAUUGCGAUUAUUCACGGAGAUUCCAUUCAAGAUCUUUAUGACAGUGUUAUGGAUAGAGCGGAUUUGCCAUGGUGGGUUCUAUUCUUCUACAUGAGCAUUUGGGCCUUCUUUUCUUUGACAAUUAUGUUUAAUAUUUCAAUUUCUAUCUUCGAAGAGUCUCUUACAAGAGAAAUUUUCACCGGAUCUAAUGAGCAUGCACAACAAAUAGAAACAUUAACAAUGAAUUUACCAAGAUCAUAUCGAACUGUUUUCUAA